AUGGAGCGUCUUGGGGCUCACGACGUGGCGCAGCUCCUAAGGAAGAAAAUAAAAACUCUUGGCUCCGGGACUUACGGUAGAGUAGUCCUGGUUAACUGGCACGGAGAGCAGGCCGCACUUAAAGUGGCCAACCAUGCAUCGGCCGCUAAGAGCUUCAAGCGGGAAGCCAGCGUCUUGUCAGAGCUGAAAGGGGCUGGAGGCGCGCCCCUCCUACUGGCGGUGUCUCACGAUCGCCCAGCUCUCCUCACCACUUAUAAAGGGGACACGAACGUGGAUAAGAUUUUAUGCCACCCGCAAUACGACGUAGUGCAGAUUGGGUUUAAAAUUGGCCUAAAAUUAUUACAUGUCCACACAAAAGGGUAUGUUCAUAACGACAUAAAAUCUAACAAUAUAAUGAUUGAAGGCUCACCCGACCACCCAAAAAUUAGUGUGAUCGACUUCGGCCUCUCCUGUAAGAGUGGUGAAGUGGUCCUUACAAAAGGUGACCCCGAGGACUACCCGCUCUACGCCCCCGAACUCUUGGCUGGUGAACCCAGCACCUUCUCCUCAGACGUGUUCCAAUACGGCCGUCUGAUGCAGGAGAUCCUAGUGGUAACAGGUACCAAAGAUCCGGUACUAGUGAACCUGUUCCAAGAGGCGACAUUGUCCAACCAAGAGUGGCGGCCAUCCCUGCCCAACCUGCUCCGCCGCCUACAGGACCACAUCAGAGACGACACCACCACGGACUCCACCUUCCACCGAGACCGCAAGAGGAUUGAGCGGUAUGAGGCAAAGUGCGCCAAGUGGGGGACAGACAGAGACGGACUGAGGAUGCCUAAGGAGCAGGUUAUGAGGGACAAGGCGCGGACGGAGGACUAUUUGUUCCGUAUAAGGGAGUACCAUGGGAUCCUCGUCCUGUGA